CUCUCUCUCUCUCUCUCUCUCUCUGCGACUGUAAAUUUAGCUUCAGCUCUCUCUCUCUCUCUCAAUCUCUCAGCUUGGAAAGGAGAGAGACUCGUAGGGGUGGGUAAGAGAGAAAGACAAGGGGAGACGAGAUCUGACCCCUUCCCCUCCUUCUUCAGUUUUCAAGAGAGGGUUCUUCUUCCUCCAAUCUCCAUCGAAAUCCCGGGGGCCCCUGUCAAAGAAAAGGUCCUCUUUUGAAUCUCUCUCUCUCUUUUCCCCCCUCCCUCCCAACUUUCUCCCUUGUUUCUGGUUUUCUCAAGCUGGUGAAAGGAAAACAUGGGCGUUGAGGUUGUGGGAUUCGAGAACGCCCCAUCACCCAUUGAGGCAGACAACAGCAAGUCUGUGUCUCAUGAGAAGGAAAGUGGGACAGCUGGUGAGCACAUAAAAUUUGGGUCACACGAGAAUGGUUCAAUUAAGGCAGACGUCAAUAAGGUCUCUGAUGCCAAUUUCCCAAAGGAUGCUGUCGACGAGUGGCCUGAGCACAAGGUCCAUUAUUUCUACUUUGUCAGGUGCAGGCCCCUCGAUGAUCCCAAUAUUAAAGCUAAAAUGGAUCAUGCCGAUAAGGAUAUCGUGCGCUGGACCCAAGCCCGGUUCCAGACGAUCAAUAAACUUAAGGAUAAGAGGUCGGAGCGAGGGGAGAUUAUCUCUCAGUUGAAGCCUUUGGAUGCAGAGAACAAGCAAUUCAAUAUAAUGGUAGAUGGGAAGAGGAAGGAAAUGGAACCUUUGCAGCAGGCUUUGGGGAAGCUUCGGACUGCUAACACUGCUGGUCGUGGAAGUGGGUUGUGCUCAUCAGAGGAAGAGCUUAAUGAAGUUAUCCAGAGCUUGAACUACCGAAUUUCGCAUGAGAGCAUAUCAUUGGCAGAGGAGAAACAAAUUCUUCGGGACAUCAAGCAGCUCGAAGGGACGAGGGACAAGGUUAUUGCAAAUGCUGCUAUGAGAACGAAGCUACAGGAUUCUCUUGGUCAAAAAGAAGUCAUACAAGAUCAGGUUAAGCUCAUGGGAGUUGACUUGGAUGGAGUAAGGAAGGAUCAGCAGGCAAUUAAGGCGAGGAUUAAGAACCUCAGAGACGAGUUGGUUAGAGUAGAUGAGGAUAUUAAGUCCUUGCAGGAAGAGCUUUCAGAAGUGACGGAGAAGAAGGACAGAGCUUACAAAAAUAUGCAGGAACUUAGGAAGCUGCGCGACGAAGGGAAUACCCUCUUCUUUGAGAACCGCACACUCCUGAACAAAGUGAGAGAUCUUGCAGCAAAAAAGGAUGUUCAAGCCCUUCAGGAACUUUCACUCCUCGAGGUGGAUAAAUUCAUCUCCUCAUGGAGCAGUAGCAAGAGUUUGAGGAAUGAUUAUGAGAAGAGAUUGUUGCAAUCUCUCGAUGGCCGUCAGAUGAGUAAGGACGGACGGAGUCGGAACCCUAAUGAGAAGCCAUUGGUAGCAGUAGAGAACCCCGCUCCUCCUCAGACAGAAGCAGUGGCAAAAUUCAACCCGAAAAAGACGAAGGAGGAGCCCAAGGCCGCUCCGCAGAAGGAAGCUGCCCCAACCCAGAAGCCUCGGAAGGAGGCUGUAGAGAAGGCAACUGAACCAGAAUUUGCUUCUGAGGAUGUUGGCUCGGUGGCCAAGGAGAAUACUGGCUCGAAAAAAUUGGUCAAGGAGCCCGAAGUGGAGAGCCAGGUAGAUGCCGAGAAGUUGAAGGAGAUGAAGAGAGAGGAGCAGAUUGUGAAAGCGAAGCAGGCCAUGGAGAGAAAGAAGAAGUUGGCAGAGAAGAAUGCAGCCAAAGCAGCCAUAAAAGCUGAGAAGGAAGCUCAGAAGAAGCUCAAGGAGCGUGAAAAGAAACUGAAGAAGAAAGCAGCCACAUCGGCUCCUGCUACCAACUCGGAGGAGCAAGCUGACGAGGCAACUGAGCAGGAGGAAGACCCUACUCCUGAGGCUCCUGCACUGGAGAAGGAGAAGGAGAAGUUUCAAAGGGAGAAAAUCGUUGUCAGGCACCGAGGCAGACCGAGAGGUUCAGAGUCGAUCCCAAAGAUAAUCCCAAAGAGGAAGAAGUCCACAAACUACUGGGUCUGGGCUGCCCCUGCUGCAGUGGCCUUAGUGCUACUGCUGAUAGCCCUUGGCUACCAGUACUUUGCUUGACCGAGUGGAAAGGUGGUGUUAGAGUCAGGACUUUCGGGCGUAAAUUUUCUGCUCGUGGCAAUAGCGGCUUCUUUUGUUAAGUUAAUUUUUGUUCUUUCAUCCCUCCGAGGGUGGACUUGAAACUCAUAAUGUUGUUUUUUUUUUCCCUCAGUUUUGGAUACCUCCUGCUCUGUUGAAAAAAACAUUACAUAAAGUUACAUGAUAUGUUGCUGAGUUUUAGAAUUUUCGGGCUAAA